AUGGUAUCUCAGCCGCAUGGAGGUCACCUUAUAAAGGGUCGUAGAGACGGUAUGGCGGCUUGCCAGCGUCCAAGAGUAAAUAGUCAAUGGUCUGUUUGGUACUGUGUUUUUGCAAUAGCGCUACAAAUUUAUAUUAUGGUAACUAGCAUUCAAAGGUUCACUCGCUACGUUUCCUUACCAUGGCCUCCACAAGGACAGCCUUACUUCGAACUUAAUGCUUAUGUGGCUUUCAUUGGAGCUGCUGUUGUUCUGAUGCCAUUUUUUGUAAUAUCUGCCCUCAUGAAAGUCGGAAAUUACGCCAACGAUGGUCAUAAAGUUGGUGAUGAAGAGCCAGAUAUGGUUGUCUACCAAAAUCUGCGCAAGAGAAAGUGUUGCCGAUGGGUUAAAUCUUUAUGGAAACAUGGAGGACCAGUUGCACCUUUGAUACAUCUUGCAGCAUCAAUGUGCCUUUUACUACCCAGGCUGCUUAUUGAAGCACAGCUAAUUAAGCAUGGCUUCCUAAGUAAAGGAGCCAUUUGGCGAACGGACUUGGAUUUCCUCAUUACUCAUAAGGACCGGUUAGUAACCCUGAGAUUUUUAGCUACAUUAAACGCAACAGAAGUAUGGGGGCAGCAAGGAGAUGAUUCACCAAGACCAUCUUUAAGGCCAGAAAUACAAAUGGAAGAAAACACCUUACUUUCUUCUGAGUUCAUAAAUUAUACAAUUGCACUUUUAGUUUAUGCUGUUCGAUAUCCAGCAGUUUUUUGGAAUGCCAACAAAAGCUUUGGUCUACUUUUCAGCUGCUACCUACUACUUACAUCCUCUCAACAACUGCUAGCAAUGGCCGGAUUCGCUAUCCUGUACAAAGUGCAUAUUUGUGGUCCGAGAGACGUAUUGCUAAGAUUUAGUCCUCUUUUUCUAAAUGUUAAAUUAGCAGUUUUGUCAUUUUUGGUAUACAGUGCACUAUUGACUUUUUCAGGGUCAGCCCUUUAUUUUUAUGGCCUUCAAAAGUAUAAUGAAUGGGUUGACAGUAGGGUACAAUGUCAACUUAUUCGAUGGAAGAAAGAAUCACGACGGUUAUGGGGAGUAGCUCCUCAUUUAACCGCCUUCGUUGCUUUGAUAGCAACUGCAUUAUGUGCUGGUCCAUUAAUGUAUGACUAUACCCUUCUCUAUUGUGGAAGCUUAGAUGGAGCUGUACUGGCUGGUGUAACCGGUACUAUUGUUCACCUCUUUCUGUGGAUUGUCUUGUGGCUCAUCUUGACUAUUAAGCAUCAAUGGGUAUUUAAUUCAGCUACAGUAAGUGGUGAUUUGCAGUUGAAUGGAUUCAAAGGAAGUGGACAAGAAGCUCCGCUUUUGGUAAUUGAUCACGGGCAAACUUACCAAGUUAGAGAAAAAGAUUCCAAAAAAGCAAUUUUAAGUGUUGUUCACAAGUCAAUGGCCUCCAUACCAAAAGUUUCGCCUUCAGAAGAUGAUGAUAUUUAUUGGUUAAAACCAAAGCCCCCACCUCCGAAAGACUCGGAAAGGGCAUCUACCUGGCAUAGAAAUCAAAGGAAAUCUCCGGGGCCUAAGCAUAAAGUAAUUUUCCAAGACGGACUUAUUGGUUCUUCUGCUACUUGUAAAAGAACCAGAUCACUUAAGAAGUCUCCAAAAGUCACGGGGAGAUUCAAAAAACAGAAUGUAAAGUUUGAAGAACUGUCAGAUUCUGAUGAUGGUGAUUAUGCUACUUUAAGAGACAUGACAGUUGUUCGCGAAGAAGGCGAUGGAGAAGAUGGACUACUUACCAAGACUUCGGCCUCGAGAUGGAAAUGAACUGAUGAGGAGAGACUACGAGAACUUACAAAUGCAUGAAUUUUC